AUGAUGUUUUUCGCACAAUACUAGAGGCAGAUUCCACCUUGAUCCUGCACAGGUAUUGCUAAUGAAUUAUGUAUCCCCUGAAUAAGCUACUCAGAUAAGCUGAGGAGGAUCAGCCAGGGAGAACGGCCUCUAGGCCAGAUUUGACCAUUUCUAAACUUGUCCAAUUGCCUACAAAAUAUGCCUGCCCCCUUAAGAACAUCCAUUGGCAGUUGGAACAGUUGGAACUAAGAGCGAAGGCAACCAUUCUCAAUCUUCUCUUCCCUUUGAUCUCCCUACUAUGCAAGUCUAGAAAAAGGAUUGAGGCCUGUCUCUGAGACAGAGACAGAGGAACAUGAUGAAUUCUUUGGCUGGUUCCUGAGCCUUCUUGGGAGGCUGGAAGAAUGGAUUCCCUGAAAGACAGCGAUGAAGAAGAUGGGUUAGAAAAACCACUUCAGUCUCAUGAAACCUAUUUAUGUCAAGGUUUGAAGCAGCUAUACCAGUCCCAACAACUUUGUGAUGUCACGUUGGGGGUUGAAGGAAAGAGCUUUCCUUGCCACAGGAUGCUGCUGGCAUCUGUUAGCCCUUAUUUUCGAGAUCUUUUCACCAGUGGCAGCUGCGAGUCUCAGAAUGGGGAGAUCUUACUUGAGGACAUGACAGCCUCCACACUCCACAGUUUGCUGGAUUAUCUCUACACAGAAGAAUUGUCCCUCUCAGCUGAGACUGCUCAGGAUCUUUUCACAGCAGCUAGCAAGCUUCAAAUCCUCCCAUUGAAAGAAACAGUUGGAAGGUUCCUUGAGAUGAAUAUUUCCAUGGGUAAUUGCCUCAACCUGUAUGGCUUGGCCUAUGAGUUCAACCACCCACCCUUACUUCAAGCAGCUCUAAGCUACAUUGAACAACAUUUUGGAACCCUCACAAAGCAAGACGCUUUCCUGAAUCUGGAUUCUGCUGCUCUGAUCAAUCUCAUCUGCUCAGACCACUUGGAAAUAACCUCUGAACUGGUCAUCUAUCAGGCUGUGCGUAGCUGGGUGGAAGCUGCAACCUCCCUACGUCUCCCACUGUUUCAGAAGCUUCUUGGACAUGUCCGCUUUCCACUGCUCGCUCAUGAUGAGCUCGUUGAUGUCCAGGCAGAUAUGGCAGAAUAUUAUCGCCAUGUGCGCCUCAGGUGGAAGGAGCUGGAUGGGGCAGGGAGAUUGCAAGAGAGUGGUGGGCUCAGAAAAGGCAUGUAUGACAACUAUUUUGUGUGUGUAGAGGUCAAUGAAAACAGGAUCCAGGAUGGAGACAACGCAGAAUCCUAUUUGCAUUGUUUUGAUCCUCAUGCAGAGAAGUGGGAGAAGUUACCACCAGUAAAAUAUCUGAGCUACUCUGGAUGUGCUUCUGUGGGAUGCAAACUUUAUCUGUCUGGUGGUCAGAAGGACAAUUGUACAUUUGUUGAUACUCUCUACGAAUACAGUUCCUUGACUAGUCAAUGGAUGCAGCUUCCAUCUAUGAGCACAACCCGGGCUGUGCAUCCUUUCCUAGGCUGCAACAAGAAACUCUAUGCUCUUGGAGGCUGCAAUGAUCUGGGUCCUCUUUCUUCUGCUGAAGCCUUUUGUGUGGAGCAGAAUAUUUGGACUUCCAUUGCUAACCUUCCCCUUGCUUUGAUGUACCCUGCUUCGGCAGUGCUCAAGAAUAAGCUCUACCUAAUAGGAGGGAAAGCUUCCUGGAGCUACCGGGGUCUUCUUAUCUAUGACACAAAUGCCAAUUGGUGGACCGAGGUGCCCAUGGAGUUUGCCUGUUAUGGCGCAGCUGCUGUCUCAGUUGGAAAUGGGAUAUAUGUUUUGGGUGGAUACUCAGAGGAGAGGGGCAAUGUUCUAGUCCACACUGGGAUGGCCAGCGAAGAGGUUCCUUCCUGUACCAAAGGUAGUUUUUACCUCUGUGAGAAUGGCAGAGUCAACUGGGACGUCAACAUACCAGAAUUGCCCAUUGCCUUGGCAUUUGCUUGCGCAUUGGAAUUCCAAGGUAAGAUUUACCUGUUAGCGGGCAAAGAUGAGAACAAUUCCUAUAACACGAGCUACAGCUGGGUACCCGAGGACACAAGUUGGACCCAAUGCCCAGAAGAAAUCCCUGUCACCAAUGAAGUGAGACUGUUCAACUGCGCAACUCUGAAGAUGCCCAAGAAGCCGAUCCGGAUUCUUCUGCUUGCAACAACAGCCAGGUCUACUGUAACCGGGGUGGACGAUGCCAAGAAAGGACAGUUUGGUUCUUUCAGCAGUGAUGGCUGUGGGCUGAAUUGCUGUUGGGGUUGAAAUUAAUGCAAAAUGCCUCUCCCAAUCUCCUCUAUUUCUCUGGCUUUUAGCAACAGGCUCACACAAAAGAAGACAGUCUCUUCCAAAUGUAGGACUUCUCUGCCCUCGGGGCUGAUGGACUUCAUGGAUGUUGCCCUUGAAACAAUGAGUCUGCUUGGGAUGGAUAUUUCACAAAAUCAAUACCAUCAGCACUCCAUUUGUCCUUUCCAACAUGAAAUGGUUACAUC